CUAACCAUAAAUUUACAAUAUCCACUUCGAAGGAUGCACUUUAAGACACAUCAACACCUCUGUUCAACAACCCGGAACAUCUAAAAAAAUGAAAGCGAGUAAAUAGACACUUAGCCAAGGCGCGUGCGUGGUUACCCGGGUUCCCUUAUCAACAGAGAGAGACGAUCCCGGUUCGAGCUUGACUUCGAUUCCGCACUUCCCUUGCGCUCAAGUUGCGGCGAGAGUCUUUUGUCAGCAGAGAGGAUUCUUAAAGUGUUUCUCUUUUUUCGGUCGUGUUUCUUCACGUGAAUAUGUUCGCUCUUCUUCAUUACCCCCUCCUCGCCCUGUUAUCUUGGGCCUCCGUAUCAGCCCAAACGCAAACAGAACCCGGCCGUGUGGUUUGGGGAAGCGGGAACAGCGGACUCUCGUACGUAAAGAGCGAGCAGUUCGGUGAUUUUUUGCUCGUGAAGAAUAGGACCAUAAAACACGGUCUUGUGUACGAGAGCAAAGCGGCGGAAAGUAUGUGCGAAUGUCGAACCAUGUGCUGGACUUCCUCGAGAUGUCACUCGGCCACGCUGAAGGAGGCGGCGACGAGGAGCUCCUGUGAUCUGUCGGAGAUGGGUCCUGAAAAUGCCACGAUGGAGGCCAAGGGUGCUGCGUCGUCCAUGUUCUGGUUGGAACCUUUGAACCUCACGUACCUGGAAGUUCUACCCCGGGGCAUUUACUGGGUUCAUGCCCACAAGAAGAACUUCACGACGGCGCGAACCAUCUGCUCGAGCGUCCAUGGGCAUCGACUCAUGAUUAUCAAGGAGGGGAGAGAACAGGAACUCGUGUCCAGGGCUGCUAUGGCGAUGAAAGCACCCAUUCUCCUCCACCUCAUGAAUAGCCAAAAUGGACUUGUUUGGGGCGAUGGCACGCGGUACAUGGACACCGUCAUGGCCAGGAGCAUACAACCCACAGUGCUCAGUGUGGAUAUACCUGCAUAUAAGUUCGUUUUGGAUAAGACCUCGCCAGCGCUCGUGCAGACGGAUUUCGUCACUGAAGAUUUCUUCAUGUGUCAGGGGGACCUCGAUAACUGAGAUUUUUAAAAA